GCAGUGGGUGCUGGGCCUGGGGGCAGGAGGAGAAGGGAAGGAGAAGCAGGCUUGAGGAACAAAAUGGUCAAACGGUGCAGGUGGCAGGAGAAGGUGGGAUUGUGCAGGAGAAGGAGGAAUAGCAGGAGGAAGAGGAGUGUGAGGAAGGGUAGAGACACAGGAGGAGGAGAAGGAGCAGAAAGAGGAAGCAGCAGAAGGUUCCACCGCUCCCUGUAUCUGCAGCCUCCCCCCAGCCCCAGGAGCGUUGCUACCCCCACAUGCAGCAGGUGACUGUGGAGGGGGAUCCAGGAUUUUCACGGGGCGAAUCUUGGUGUUUCUGAGCUUUCUUGGGCUAAAUGUUGGUGAUUUGGUUUUAUGUGGCAGCUGAAUCUUUAUGUUUUGGAGGAGGUUUUUGCUGACUUGUGAUGUUUAGGGAGUUUUUGAUCUGUGUCUUGAAGUUUGUGGGAUUUUUGGGCUAAAUCUUGGUGUUUUGGAGGUUCUUACAGACAUAAGAUUCCCAAUGACUUCCUGAGAUGAACUUGGGUAAGGAGGAACCUCCAGUCCAAGGUGCUCUCCUCUUGUUUUUUCUCCACACCAGGAUUUUUCAUUGCCAGAGUGUGGCUCGAUGGAGGAGGAAAAGCCCCGGAGAUCCCGCAGGAGGAGGAGCUGCAAACCCAGCCCAGGGAGCUGCGGGGAGGAAAGAGCCCCCCUGAGCCAGGAAGGCGGGCGGAGAUCCAGCCGGAGCUCGGAGCUGGUGGAGAAGCCUCAUGGCAGGGAGAAGCCCCACAAGUGCUUGGAAUGUGGGAAGGGUUUCAGCCGGAGCUACCACCUGAUCGAGCACCAGAGGAUCCACACUGGGGAGAGGCCCUAUGAGUGUGGAGAGUGUGGGAAGAGGUUUCAGACCAGCUCCCAUCUCCUCAGACAUGAGCGGAGUCACACAGAGGAGAGGCCCUUCCGCUGCCCCGACUGCGGGAAGGGCUUCAACCGCAGCUGCAGCCUCACCAAGCACCGGCGCAUCCACACUGGGGAGAGGCCCUACGAGUGUGGGAAGUGUGGGAAGGGUUUCAAAGAAAGUUCUUGCCUGAUCAAGCACCAGGUGAUCCACACUGGGGAACGGCCCUACGAGUGCUUGGAAUGUGGGAAGAGCUUUGGGUGGAUCACCGCUCUGAGAAAACACCAGCGCAUCCACACUGGGGAGAGGCCCUACGAGUGUCCCCAGUGUGGGAAGAGGUUUCAGACCAGCUCCAGUGUCCUCCUGCAUGAGCGGAUUCACACAGAGGAGAGGCCCUUCCGCUGCCCCGACUGCGGGAAGGGCUUCAAGUACAACUCCAACCUCACCGUGCACCGGCGCAUCCACACCGGGGAGAGGCCCUACAAGUGUGGGGAGUGUGGGAAGAGCUUCGCACAGAGCUCAAGCUUGACCCAACACCAACGGAGGCACCACUAAGGGAAGCCCUGUGUCCCUGUACCAGCUGGAGUCACUGGUGAAUGUGGUGGCCACCCUGGGUGAGGUGGCGGCCACCGUGACCAGGUUACAGAGGGACGAGCAGCAGCUCAUGUCCCCAGAGUCCUGCACGCGAACCUGAGGAACUUCACCUGGAGUCUCCGUGAGACGCUGGAGCAGGGCGAUGUCACCUCCCUGGGCCACCGUGGUGUCCCCUCCCUGGGCCAGGCCCUGGCCGCGCUUGGGGCCACCCCAGGGGCCACCUGAGCCGAUGUGAGAGCUGCGGCCUGGCCUGGCAGGAGUUGGUGGUCAGGCUCAAGGACAGCUGGGCCCUGCUGGCCUGGGAUGCCACCGAGCUCCGCGACGCCUGCUGGGACGCGGCCAUCGCUGCCAUCCGGGCCGGGGACCUGCAGGACGUGGCCACCCGCAGGAGGACAGCUGGGAGCAGCCUGGGGCCACAGCCCAGCGGCUGAAGGUGGCCCUGGGCAGGGAAAAGAGGGCCUCGGCAGGGGCCACGCACAAGGCCCAGGUGGCUGCGGCCACCAGCGAGGCCGUGGGAGAGGCCAUGGUGGGUAGCAGCCAAGCCAUGGUGGCCACCAGAAGGGGACAUUGGGCACAGGCGGCCCUGGGGCCGCUGGAGCGCUCGGUGGAAGAGUGUGAAGGAGGCAGGCGGUUCCUGAGGAGCUGCAGCGCCGGCUCGGGGACAUCGAGGCCAUCCUGGAGGGGACAAAGAAGGCGUCCCCCGAAGUCCCUGAGGCCUUGGUGGCCGAAGUGGCCGAGAUUGGGCAGCUGUGGGAUGCCAGUGCCUGCCUGGGCAAGGAUCACCUGCUGAGGACACUUGGGGACAUCCACGACCUCCUCUUGAGUCCCUGUGGUGGCUCCGGCAGCCCCGGUGGCCCCAGCAGGCGCGCACUGGCCCAGCGGUGCCAAAAAGCCAUGGAGGAUAUCCCCAGGCUGCUGCAGCGAUGGCACCGCUCUGAUGCCAUCAGGGACAGUGACAUCAUGGUGGGCAGCGCUGGCGUCACCAUCCCCUCCUCGCGCGGGAUUUGAGACCAAUUCGGGGAAUUUUCUGGGAAUUUUCAUCGGCUUUGUCCCACAUGCUGAUGGGAGUUUCUGGGAUGACGUUACUAGCCGCACCUGGGGACAUUCUGAGAGCACUCAGAAGGCUUUUGCAUUCCCCUGCUGCCUUUGGCAUUUUUCUGCUUUUUCUAUUGGGUUUGGCAUUUCUCUAUUGCCUUUUGCAGGUUCCUAUUGACCCCCAGCAUUUUGCUCAGGUGCUGAUACUGAUAUUGAUUAUCGAUAAUCCCUUGCAGCUGCUCGCUGGCACAAUGAAAUCUCAGAGUUUGCAUGGACAAGUCCAAGGCAGUGUGAGCUUUCUGCCAGGAUCUGGGAAUCCUUUACGGAUCCAAUUCUCACAUCCCUGGGCCCCCCCGGUCCCAGCGCUGUUCCCGGGGGUCCCGUGGCUCUGGGGGUCAAAGGGGAGGGGACGGAACCCCCGUGAUGGGUGGGGGGCACAAAGGGGGGUCCGGGCCCGGUGCUCGGGGGGGUCGGUGCAGGGGGGGGGUCGGGGGCACUGAAGGGGUGUGGGUGCGGUUUUUGGGGGGUCCCGGUGCUCGGUGAGGGGGGGUCAGUGCUCAGCAGCGGGGGCUGUCCAGGGACCCCCCGGCCCCCCCAAAUCCCAGCCGGGUGUGAAAAACAAAGUUCACUAAGGGAUUACUAAACAAAGUUUAAUCAGGGAUAAAAAAGGGUUUUGGGCUCGGCCAAAGAACUCGCCCUCAACUUAACCCUUCGUUCUCCAGAUCCGGUUCCACUGCAGGGCCACGAACACACUCCUGAGUUUCGACAUUAUUCAAACACUCCCGGGAGGUUUGGAUGUCCCAGGAACUCGUGUUUGGGUCUCACCUCUGACUUGUCUGCAGGACAUUCUGUAGAUUAAGUCGAUAUAUUUGAUUUCUUCUCAUGGUUCCACCCUGUUGUUUCAGACCCCCUGAUAAAUUCAUAAAUUCUUCUGAGCUUUGUGUCACUGGUAUCACCUGGUGAGGCUGGUCCGCAGAUGUGAGAAACAACGGAAUUGUUUUACACCUGAGUCAGUCACACAAAAGCAUUUUAACAUUGCAUAGUCUCUAUUUCAGUAUUUAUUACUGAUCUGUUUUUUAUUUAUCUGUUUUUAAUAUAUUAAGGCCUAUGAUAUAAUAUCUAUUUAUUACUCUAGCAGUAAAUUUGUUAUACGGUGCACACAUAAACAGAUUGAUUUUAUUGUACCAGCGAGCAGCUGCAAGGAAUUAUCAGUAAUCAAUAUCAAUAUCAAGUACCACAGCAAAAUCCUUGUGAUCAAUAACAAGGUGCAGAAGGCAAUUCAGAAUUUCAAAAGCCGAUUAUUCUAUUGUCAUUUAUAACCCGGCUCUGCUGCAAGGCACCGAGGGGGCUCAUUCAGCCCCUGCCCCACCGCCACCCCCAUCAGUGUCCCCAGAGCGUCCUCAGAAUGUCCCCAAGUGUCCCCAGUGACGUCACCCCAGAAUUCCCAUCAGCAUUUGGGACAAUUGCAAUGAAAAUUCCCAGAAAAUUCCCCAAAUUCGUCUCAAAUCCCGCGUGGGGAGGGGAGAGGGGAGAAGUGACAGCAGCAACGUCCCUGAUGAUGUCACCGUCCCCGAUGACAUGACAGCGGUGACAUUGCUGUCCCUGCAGCAGCCUCGGGAUGUCCUCAUGGAAAAAUGCAGAUUUUAUGGUUGGCUUUUUGCAAGUAUUAAAUGGAAUAGGGUUUGUAUUAUGUUACAUUGAUUAGUAGUGCUGUAUUAACAUUUUAUUGGUAUGGUAAAUGUAGAUUUGUGGUUAAAACUGAGCUUUUGUGGUUAAAAUAGAAACUGUGGGUGGGAAGAAAGUAAUGAGGUACUUGCACCGGGACGGCAGUCGCAGGACACGGAAAUCUUCCAGAGAAAAAGAAUUUACGGCUUAUUGUAAAUGCAGGCGAGCCAGGGGGAAGAAAUGACGAUGCCUGACUCCAGCUCAGAAGGAUGAAUGGUUUCUUUAUUCGAACUAUACUAAUAUACAUUAAUAUACUGUUUAAAGGAGACACUAAAA